UGGGGGCGCAGCUGCAGCGGUAUGCGUUGGCAGCGGCAGCGGCAGAAGGAGACGCAGGAGGCGGUUACAGUGAGAACAUGGAGACGCUGAGGGCGGCGGUGAAGCAGCGUCUGUCCGCGGCCGCUGAAGACAUUUUCAGCCUGUUUGAAAGAACCAUCGCGGAGUUUGAGGCGGAAAUGAUUCGACAAUUGAAGCCCGAACUCAACGCUCCCGGCCCGGGGCUUUUUGUCGUCGCUCCGCUGCUCUCAGGUGUCAGAGAGGAGCAGGACGGGCCAGAGCACCAUCUUAUCAAAGAGGAAGAGGAAGAAGUGUGGACCAAUCAGGAAGCAGCUGCUGUUUGUGAUGUCACUGCUGUGACUGUGAAGAUUGAAGAAGAAGAAGAAGAAGAUGAGAAUCCUAAUUCAUCUCAUCCUCAUGGUCAGAGUCACAGCAGGGAGAACCGAGAAGAACCAGCCAGAACUUCGGCUCCACUCAUUCUUCAUCAUCGAGCUCCAGAUCCUCACGUCUGCUCUGAUUGGACGAUGCACGCAGGAAAUGAGUCACAUGGACAUGGCAGCAAGUUGUACCGCUGCUUGGAGUGUGGGAACGAGUUCAGCCAAAGCUCCAACCUGAAGACGCACAUGAAGAUUCACACGGGAGAGAAAGCGUUCUGCUGCUCGCUCUGCAAUAAAACCUUCGUCCAGAAGAUUCACCUGCUGCAGCACAUGUCCACGCACACGGGCGAGAAGAUGUUCAGCUGCGGCGUCUGUCACAAACGAUUCACUCUGCACUAUCAGCUCAGGAAACACCUGCGUCUCUGUGCCGGCCCCUCCUCCUCCUCCCAUUUCCACACCCAGGAAGGGCCGGGGGGCGUGGUCAUCGACGAGGGGCGGGGCAGAAAGAAGCAGGUCAUCUGCCCCGAAUGUGGCGACGCGUUUGGCUCCAAAGACUCGCUGAGGAGACACUUUCGGACUCACACGGGAGAGAAACCGUUUGGUUGUCCGAUCUGCGGACGACACUUCAGAGACCGAGGGAACAUGGGAAAGCACAUGGUCAUUCACACGGGAGAGAAACGCUUUGGCUGCGACGUCUGUGGACGCAGGUUCACCUGGAAAGUCCAGCUAAAGAAACACAAGUGUGACAGCGGGAGCGGCGCUCAGUGAACGCCUCGCGGCGCUCAGGCGUCGCAUGACUCUGUUUGUUUUACGCCGCCAUGUUGGCAGGAAAAAUCAACUCCGUCUGUUAGAUUUUACUGUCACUUUAAAUCCACAGAGACGAGAAAUACUGCCCCCUGGUGAACGUUUACAUGUCGCAGUAAAAAAAACACGAUAAAACACGUUUCUUGGCAUCAGAGUUGUUAGCGACACUGACGUUAACAUCCAGAGUCACAGCUUCCUGGUCGACAUUUAAGGGAAAGUAAAUGAUCGUGUCCCUGACUUACCUUAAAUACAUUAAGACACUUUAACAUUUUCCUUAAACUGGGUGCUUUGUCUAUUUGAACCAGAACUUUAUUGAUUUCUUUUUGCACUCAUGAGUUAAAAUAAAACGUCUUCAGCUCUCA